AUGGCUGCGAUGAUGGCUGCAGCCCCGUUCGACCAUCUCUACGCAGAAGGGGUUUCUGAAGAUACGCAUUCGCUGCUAGAAGCCUCGAUCGAAGACUUUGAAGAACAGGAACGUCGAUCACCCCUCCUCUCCGGCUUCCGAUCCGAUCAGGGAGACAGCGAGGUCGACGAUAGAUCCAGUACGGGCCUGCCAUGGUCUCCUCCAGGAUUCAAGAUACGAAGUGGGAACGCCAAUGGAUGGUUCCGACAUGAUCCUUAUGGAAAAUAUGAUUUGCGACCGUCGGUUAGCCCUGCGCGAUCAAGGCAGACCAGUCCAGAGGUCUAUCAGGAUGCCACAGAGGGAGACCCAGAUAUCACGUUGGCAGUCAAUACACCCUUGCCUGCGGGUAUGGAAUCGCCGGUACGGGAGCGCUCCCCAGAGGCGCGAUCAGAACACAAUGUGAAGGCAGGUGACCGUAACCAGGACGAGUCUGUCCCUCCCGCGGAGAACCCGAUAAACUACAUCCGGCUACAGCUCCGCGCCGAAGUGCAACAUCGAGAGCCAUUUGUGCCUUUCCUCAGCUUUGUUCAACGCAAGUUCGAUGCCAUGACCAAAACCAAAUCAUCCACGCUAUUUUCUGUUCUCACAACCAUCCUCUUUGCAUCACUCUUGCGCAUUAUUCUGGUCCCUCCAGUCCCUCCUCCAGUCCCCGAUCUGGUCAAAGUGUCGACUCUGGCCAAGUCGUUCGAACCAUUGAUUUUCUACUCGGAGAAUGGAUAUGCCCAAAUCACGGCGCUGCAAGAAACAAGUGUGGCGGUCUGGGAUCUUGGGGAGUCGGUGAGAAGUGCUAAUAUGACUUCGGCACCCAUGAUUGUGCGGUCAUUGGAUGAAUUAUCCGAUAGCCUGAAGUCACUGGGCUUGGAGUUGACACGAUUCUUCGCGGAUGUUGAUUCAGACGUGGACAGUAUCCUCCUUGUGAUGGAUUGGGCCAAGCGAGAGCUGCAAGGGCUCUCGUCGAUACAAGGCGUUUCAUUUUCCGGGGUAGUUUUCGACCACUUACACGGCCUACUGAAUCGAGGAGGACUGUUGGAAACAAACACCGGGCCGACCGCGCUUGGCAGGAUACUCACAGAUAUCUUUGGCUCCAGCUCGCCCCAGAAAACCCGAGCCACACUGACGAGGACCUUCCAUGAAUUCGUCAACGUGCUGGAGGAGUCCAUCAACAGCGAACUGACCCAUUCGGCGGCAUUGUUCGCUCUGUUCGAGUCAAUCGACCGACAGUUCUUGAACCUCCAGCGGACGGUGGUCAGAGAGACGGACACGCAAGAGAGGCUUGAGAAUGAUCUUCUCUCAUCCUUGUGGACCAGAGUGAUUGGACCAAAUGCGGCGAUGCUGAGAAAGUACGAGAAGAACAAACAGCUCUUGUCGAGCGUGCGAUCCAGGACUGUCAACAACAAGCAUCUGCUCAUGGAGCAUCACGGCCGCUUGCAGACCCUCAAGGUCAAUCUGGAGACUCUCCGGAGGAAACUUGUCAGCCCGUUGGUUAGGAGGAACGACUCGGUCAGCAUUGACAAUGCGAGUGUGGUUGACCAACAGAUUAGGGGGUUGGAAGGAACAUAUGAUUAUCUUAGAGGUGUGCGUGAGAAGCAAAAGGGCAAACUCAUGGAAAUGGUGUAUGGAGCAAAGGCUGGACGAACCCGUCUGGUAGGAGUGAGUGGUGGCUUGGAUGGCAUCGCUCUUGAUGGGUGA